GAUUGCGCUUACGGAUGGUCGCGGAUGCCCCGCAAUUGGCCGGGAGACAAGAUCGGCGGCUGACGUUGGCUUGCCCGUGAGAGCCUCCUCAAGCAAGGUAGCAGCACCGUCAGCAGUUGUUCCAAUUUCGGGGCUCCCUUUUGCCGUUCAAAACACUCAACGACAGCCUUGGCCAGAAGUUGGUCGCCAGAGGGCAGCGACUAGAAUAUCUCAAGAUCAGAUCAUGAGAAACAGGAAUAAAUAGCAGCCAAGAUCCCAGGCCUGUGACCAAUAUCCUCGCCAUGACGACUAGAAACCUCAAUCGAACUUGGAGAGACGUUGUUUUCGCCCAGUACGCGGCAGACUACGACGCCGACGUGCCCUUCCCAGUCUCAUACCUCAUCAACGCGGGUCAGUGGAACAAGGACAUCAUCAUCACUGUUCCUAGCAAGAUCGACCUCCUGACCUACCGCCGCUCCGUCUUCAACUUCGUCCUCACGAAGCGCGGCGCCGACCCGGUAUACCAUGACGAGCACAUCUCCGUCAGGCCGCGCCCAUCCAAGAUGAUGAUGCUCGCAACGGCGGCUAGCGUGUGGGACUUUACCAUCUUCGGGGACUCGAAGUGCGAGACCACGCCGUCGGCGCACUACUCGGGGGACGGCGGCCAGGGCUGCCCCGAGAACCCGACUAGCCACCGGAUCUUCGAGAUCGACAACAGGGGCAACUGCAUCCUCUACCUGUACGCCACCGAGGACGCCUGCGAUGGCAAAAUUGACUUUGAGCAGAUGUACGACGCGGCGAGCAGGAUGAGUGUACAUGGGCAAAUCCUGACGCCUUGA